ACAGAUAAUUUAUUUUUAAAAUUUGACAUAUUUGACACUAACACAGGCGUCUCACGCCAUGAUACUGGAACGGUACAAAUCUAGUGCGUGGCGCCCCAAUGUGCAUACUGGAAAGCGGCUUAGGAGGGCUAGUGCAAACAGCUGACGCCUCAUGGCCGUUUGCAUCGACGAUUUUGAGGAAGGUUCAAAGAUAAUCAACGCUUAAAGUGACAUUUUCACAUGUGAAAAUGUCACUUUACACCUUGACCAAAAACGAAGCCGAUAAGCAAUACUUAUAGCGUGUAAUAUCCUUGAUAUCCUUGCGGCCGAGGAUAGUUCAUUAUCCUGACAUUUUAAGCUUUGACGUCACAACGUCAAUGUCCUUGCAAUCCGUGACGUAAUUUGAACAUAAAAAAAAAUAAAAAUAAAUUCCGCACACGUCUUGUCUUUGGUUCUUUUCUUCUAUACUGUCUAGCCACAAGUGCAAAGAAGACAUAAAAUCAGACGGCAGACGAAAUCACGAAAUAAUCUCCCAGCAGGCUGAAGCAAGUUUUGUGUCCCCGUUAUUCCUCCAUAACAAACACAAAAGAAUGACUCAACUUUUUCUAGAUCAAAAUAUUGCAAAACAACUAAAAGCCAAAUGAAAACUUUCACCUGAUUAGUUGUGGUUGCAUUAUUUUUGAGUCGUUUCCAAUGUCCUUUUGAAGAGUUUUUCAACAAACGUUAUGGCGAGCAGCAGCAGACGAGAUGUCCUAAAAACCUCCAUGGAUCCUUUGCCUAGUAGCAAUGACCCCUUGAGGGAGUUGUUCGAGGCCUGCAAACUGGGUGACAUUGCAAGAGUGAGGAAAUUGGUGACUCCGACUUCUGUUAAUGCUAGGGAUACCGCAGGGAGGAAGUCGACACCCUUACAUUUUGCAGCUGGUUAUGGUAGAAGAGACGUAGUAGAAUUUCUCCUAUCAGCAGGAGCGUCUAUCCAAGCUCGAGACGACGGAGGCCUACAUCCGCUCCAUAAUGCUUGCUCAUUUGGCCAUGCCGAUGUAGUGAGACUCCUUUUAGAAGCUGGAGCAAGCCCAAACACUAGAGACAAUUGGAAUUAUACGCCAUUACACGAAGCGGCUAUCAAAGGCAAAAUUGAUGUCUGCAUUGCCCUUUUACAACAUGGAGCGGAUGUAAAUAUAAGAAAUACUGAAGGUAAAACUCCGUUAGAAGUUGCUGAUCCUGCCACAAGACCAGUUCUGACUGGAGAAUAUCGAAAGGAUGAGCUACUUGAAGCAGCCCGUUCUGGAGCCGAAGAUAGACUUUUAGCAUUAUUGAACCCUCUAAAUGUCAACUGCCAUGCCAGUGAUGGUCGCCGGUCAACUCCCCUCCAUUUAGCAGCAGGCUAUAAUAGAGGCAGAGUUGUCCAACUUUUGCUCCAACAUGGAGCAGAUGUCCAUGCAAAAGAUAAAGGUGGUUUGGUUCCACUUCACAAUGCCUGUUCGUAUGGUCACUUUGAGGUGACUGAAAUGUUAAUUAAACACGGUGCCAAUGUUAAUGCCAAUGAUUUAUGGGCCUUCACUCCUUUACAUGAAGCUGCAUCUAAAUCUAGAGUUGAAGUUUGUUCUUUACUAUUGAGUGAAGGAGCCGAUCCAUUUCAACUUAACUGCCAUUCUAAAUCUUCCAUUGAUGUUGCACCUACUAGAGAACUGCAGGAAAGACUAGCAUAUGAGUAUAAAGGUCAUCUUUUGUUAGAAGCGGCAAGACAAGCUGAUAAUGCCAAAUUAAAAAAAUACCUCGCUGCCGAUAUAAUUGGAUUCAAACAUCCAUAUUCUGGUGAUACAGCUGUGCAUGCUGUUUGUAGCUCAUUGUAUCCGAAAAGAAAACAGGUUUUAGACUCGUUGAUCAGAAAAGGUGGUCCAAUAAAUGAGAAAAACAAAGAAUUUUUAACACCUUUACACAUUGCCGCUGACAACUCACAUUAUGAUCUCAUGGAUGUAUUGCUGAGAAAUGGAGCUAAGGUAAAUGCUCUUGAUGGUCUCGGCCAAACAGCCCUGCAUAGAUGCGCUAGAGAGGACAAUGUUCAAGCAUGUAGAAUUCUCCUUUCCUAUAAUGUGGAUACUUCUAUAGUUUCUCUACAGGGCUAUACAGCUAGUCAAGUAGCAUCUGAGAAUGUUCUUAAAAUUUUGCAAGAUCCUCCUGCUGUUCCAGCUGAUGUAGAAAGCCAACUACUUGAGGCUGCAAAAGCUGGAGAUCUUGACCAGGUACAAAGAUACCUAGGAUCUUAUCCACAUAUAGUCAACUGUCGAGACUUGGAUGGAAGGCAUUCCACACCACUUCACUUUGCUUCAGGUUACAACAGAGUCCAAGUAGUAGAGUUUUUGUUACAGCAAGGUGCUGACGUGCACGCUAAAGACAAAGGUGGUCUAGUUCCUCUUCAUAAUGCUUGUUCUUAUGGCCAUUACGAAGUCACUGAAUUAUUAGUGAAACAUGGGGCAAGUGUUAAUGUGGCUGAUUUGUGGAAAUUCACACCACUACAUGAAGCUGCUGCAAAAGGAAAAUAUGAAAUUGUUAAACUUCUAUUAAAGCAUGGUGCUGAUCCUAGUAAAAAGAACAGAGAUGGAGCUACUCCUUUAGAUUUAGUAAGGGAGGGCGACCAAGACGUUGCUGAUCUUUUGCGAGGCAACGCCGCUCUAUUAGACGCCGCCAAAAAAGGCAAUUUACAGAGAGUCCAAAGACUGGUAACUUCUGAAAAUAUAAAUUGUCGAGACGCCCAGGGUCGUAACUCGACGCCUUUGCAUUUAGCUGCCGGUUACAACAAUGUUGAAGUAGCUGAAUUUCUAUUAGAAAAUGGAGCUGACGUUAACGCGCAAGAUAAGGGUGGCUUGAUACCGUUACAUAAUGCAUCAAGCUAUGGGCAUCUGGAUAUUGCCGCUUUGUUAAUUAAAUUUAAUACUGUCGUUAAUGCCACUGAUAAAUGGGGAUUUACUCCGUUACACGAGGCUGCACAGAAAGGAAGGACUCAGUUGUGUGCACUUUUGCUAGCUCAUGGAGCUGAUCCCUUCCUGAAAAACCAAGAAGGACAAGCCCCAGUAGAUUUAGCAUCUGCAGAUGAUGUAAGGUGUUUAUUACAAGACGCAAUGGCCUCUCAACAGGCGGUUCCUACUGCGACAGCACCGACUUCCAGACCACCAUCAAUCGCUCUACCACCACACACACCAAGUCCAUCAAUAUCUGGUGCAACUAUGAAUCCAGUUACUACAGAAACUGUGGUAAUGCCCUCUGGAGCAGCUGUUCAGCUGAUGAUCCCUGUAGGCCCUAUGGGUGGCAGUCGAUCUAGUGUUUCUAUGGGUGUAGCUGAAGGUGCAGCUGCUAUGGAAAAUUCUCCAGAGGACUUGAAUGACAUUUAUUCAGUGGGCAAAUUUUUGCAUUCAUUAAAUUUGGAACAUUUGUUGGAUAUUUUCGAGAGGGAGCAAAUCACUUUGGAUAUUUUAGCCGAGAUGAACCAUGAGGAUUUGAAACAGAUUGGGAUAUCGGCUUAUGGGUUUAGACAUAAACUUAUCAAAGGUAUGGAAAGAUUGGUCGCUAACUGUGGUGGUUUAUGGUCAACACCCACAAACCCUGGAACCCUCCUGGUUGAUCUUGUGGCAGAUGACAAAGAGUUCAUUACAGUCGAAGAGGAAAUGCAAAACAGUAUUAGAGAACAUAGGGACAAUGGACAUGCUGGUGGUGUGUUUACAAGAUAUAAUAUAGUUAGGAUUCAAAAAGUACAAAAUAGGAGGCUAUGGGAAAGGUACACUCAUAGAAGACAAGAAGUGGCAGAAGAAAAUAAUAAUCAGCCGAAUGAAAGGAUGCUAUUUCAUGGAUCUCCGUUCAUUAAUGCUAUUGUUCAAAAAGGUUUCGAUGAAAGACAUGCUUAUAUUGGAGGUAUGUUUGGUGCUGGAAUCUACUUUGCCGAACAUUCAUCUAAAAGUAAUCAGUAUGUGUAUGGAAUUGGAGGUGGUACUGGAUGUCCAACUCAUAAGGAUAGAAGUUGUUAUGCUUGUCAUAGACAUCUGUUACUAUGCCGUGUGACUUUGGGCAAAUCUUUUCUGCAAUUUAGUGCUAUGAAAAUGGCUCAUGCACCUCCAGGACAUCAUUCGGUUAUUGGUAGGCCUUCAACUGGAGGAUUAAAUUUUCCAGAAUAUGUGGUCUAUAGAGGAGAACAAUCAUAUCCAGAAUAUUUUGUGACUUAUCAAAUUAUGAAGCCCGAAGAAAGCUUAAGUGGUACAGAAGCGGAUGUUAGGUGAUUUCAGGAACAAUGGCUUAUGCUGCAACCUCCAAAAUCUUACAAAGAUUUCUUCUGUGGUCUGAUGUGUAACGUGAUGAAAUGCCUGGCGCCCACCAGGAAAAAAUGCAGUUGUGAAGGACUAACAAAGUGAUUUUCUUUUUGAAUCCAUUGGUGCUCCCCUCUUUUUUUAGUAAUAUCUAAUAUAAAAAUUGUUUAUCUUUUGACUUUAUAAUAUCGGUAAAAUUCUCACAUCUUGUCACUCAAAACCAGGCUCUGUAAUCAACCAUUAAAUUAAUGCCACUUUAUUGAGAUUUGCAGUUUCUGGUAAAAGUUUAUUUGUUUUCAAUAUUACUAUAGCACAUAUUUUGUAGUCAAAAAUGCAGUAUUUGACUCCUAAAUAAUCGCUAUUGUUUACUCGGAUGAUAGUUACACUUGUAAAUAAUAGCAAACUUUAUCUGCUUGUAUUUUUGUUAAUUCCUUUCUCAAAAUAUAUUAUCUUUAUUCACUUUCGAGGUACAUAUAAAAAUGUGUUCAUAAACUUGUAAAUAUUAAUAGCCAAACGUACAUUUUGAUAUAAAAAUUCCUAAUCAUUGUCGAAACUGUUAAAGGGGGUGUGCGCCAAAAAAACAACUUCAUCCUAAAAAAAAGGGAAAAAAAAUCUAAGAAUAACAGUGAAAUCCGCACCCCUCUAUGACAAAUAAUACCGCAGAUAUGGCUCUAUGAAGGUACCGCAUCUCACCAUAUGACGUCACGAAAGCUCAAGCGACGCACGAGAAAGUGGAGUUAAUUAAAUUUACAUAUGUUUCUCCUGUAUUAUCUGCAAUAAUCUAAACAAAAACCACUCACGCGUGCCGGGCACAAUCAAAUUAACAAUGCGGAGCGCGGCUGGACGAAGUUUUCGUGACGUCACGAGAGCGUCGUUCACACUUCAAAGCGGUAUAUCUCAGCGAUGGUUUAUCGUAGAAUAACGAGGUUUGAACAGUUAUUCUUAGAUUUUUUUACACUAAAGCUUUAAUUUUUGGCGCACACCCCCUUUAAGCCAAACUUUGAAUUAUUUCAAAACUAAGCUAACCAGUGUUUUUUUUUGUAUAAUAAUUUUAUAUAGGAACAUUAUAAUUGACUGAUACUAAUGGGAUAAGUUUCUUACAUGACGUGUCCAAGAAAAAUUCACACUGACAAGCAUUUUGAAAUUUCCCUCCAAAAUUGAAAGAUUUUUAGGUGUAAAUGGGCUCAUUAUUGUAUUAAAGAUUUUGAAUAGUUGGUUUCAUUAUCCCUAUGUUUUUAGCUUAGAGUUGGAUUUAACUUGUUAUCUACUGCCAAAAUCCAAUAAAUUAGUAUAAUGUGGACUUACGAAUUGAAUUAAUUUGAAUAGUCAAGUGUUUUGACAAACAAACCCAUCCUGCUGCUGAGAAAAGUUGAGUCAACAAUAUUUUAGUAUUAGUACAGUAGCUAAUAGACGUUUUGUUGUCCAAGUUCAUUUUUCACGCUUGAUGGAACAUAGCCAAGUAAAUCGUCAAAUUUUUCAUUAUUUGACAUUCUUUGUAUUUUAUGCAAGAAUUGUUUUUUGGAUAUAACUUCAAUUAUUCUUUUCGUAACCCCAUUACAUCUCUUGUAAAAACUUGAUACCUAUUGUAGCCAUGGGUUAUAAAAAAAAAAUGUGAUAUUUUCCAGUUUAUUUUUUAAAAUUUAAGUAUGCGUAUUUCGACUAAAAAACAAGGUGUGGUGUUUUCACUAUUUUAAGCUAAUGUUAUUCGAUUUAAAUGCAUUUCAAUAAAAGAACUUAUUUAUGUACUUUGUAUUUGUUUUUGUUUUUACUUGGAACAACAAUUAUAUUUUUCUACAAACGUCACUAAAAGUGUCAUUUUUAACGGAUGCUGUCAGUGUCUAAAAUGCCAUUUUAUGACACUGGUGUUAAAAGUGAUUACUUUUAGCACUAGUGCUAAAAGUAAUCACUUCUAGCACUGAUCAGAAAAUAUAAAAACAUAGGAAAUUUUAUAUCAAAGUAAAAUAUUUAUUUAAUUAAAUUAAAAUUAGCGAAACUGCAAUUAGAAUAAGAAACUCCAUGGCCAAUCUCAUUGGUAGCAAAUACUGAAUUUAUUUUGGUAAAACUUGUACCAGGAGAGUAAAGAGCAAUGUUAUUCUCCGAACUUUUGGGCAGAAUUUGAUCCGCAAUGUUCUUUUGUAUGAAAACUCGUACUGUUGCUUUGACUUGCUAGGCAAUAAUUCGAAAGUAGCUUUAUUGGCAGCUUCUUCAAUUUCCGCCGGGAGAAAUUCAUUGUCUUGAUCACUUUCCAUCGCCCAGAAAAUAAACUACAAUGAAACUGGAUGAAACCACGCAAAAACCAAAAAUUGUGCAGAAACCGUAAGCAAAAAUUCGUGAUUAUUUGACGUUAUUAAUCAACAAUGACAAACAGAGAUGACAAAUAAAAAUAAACAAAUUCGUUUUUUUUUUCUUGCCAGCAACCUAUUUCAUAAAUAAAUUAGAUGAAAGAUUUGAAAUUGAGGAUUUCAAGGAUGCGUUAAUUUGGACUUUUAAACAGUGUUUGUAGAAAAAAUAGUGUAUGAUAUUCGUGCUAAAAGUGAUUUUAUUUUGUUCAAAGGGAUGGAACACUCCGCCUUCGGCGUCGUGUCCCAAACUUCCCUUUUCACAAAAUAAAAUGUCACUUUUAGCACUUAUAUCAUAAAUAACUAUUUU